CAAACAAACAAACACACACACACACACAUCAAGCCGACAACCCGGCCCAAUCCAGUCAUGAGGAACCGGUUACUUGAGAAGUAUCAGCCUGUGAGAGUAAGUAAAUAAAAACAAAACAAAGAUAGACGAACGAAAGUAGAUUAAAUUACCCUAGAUUCUGUUCUUUCCGGAGCAGAUGUCCUAUAAUAUAGGGAUCCACAGACCUCAGUUUUCCUCUAGCCGUCCUGACUCUCGCAUUUGUGGAACCUGCUGCUGUUGUGGCGUUCACAGAAGGGAUGGCGCAAGGCAAGCAUUGUUCUAGAAGAGAUUGUACAGAGUCUUCACUCUUGCAGUCUUGUCGUCUGUUUUGCCUGUUGGAUACCUUCGCUCCUGCCAUCAAUGGGGACGUGUCACGUGAUGACAAUGGUUACGUCUCACGUGAUGUCACUGGUUACGUGCCACGUAAUGUCUAUGGUGACAUGUCACGUUAUGUCAAUGGUGACGAGUCACAUGAUGUCAAUGGUGACGUGUUACAUGAUGUCAAUGGUGACGUGUCACGUGACGAACAAUCACAUUCCUCGUGCGUGGUCUUUCAGGAGCCAGAGGGCGCUGUUGUCGACUGCCGGUCUGAAGCUCUUAAAGAAGUGCCAACUCAUGAGAUCCCACAGAGCGCUGUCAAGCUGUACCUUGAUGACAAUUCCAUCGAAGCUCUGCAUGACAAUUGCUUUGGCCCACUCCCACAUCUCAAGGUUCUCACCAUCUCUCGAAAUAAGCUCAAGUUAAUAAGUGGCUGUGCCUUUUGUGGACUGGCUGGUUUGGAAGUCCUAAACCUGGAGAAGAAUCAACUCGACCUCAAUGCGUCCAUGUGGGAAAAUGAGCCCUUCAGAGGUCUGUCUCAGCUGACAACUCUUAACUUACUGGACAACGAGAGUGGUUUCUGUCAAUGUGAGUUUCACAGCCGUUUAUUGAGUGGGCUUCAUAGUCUGGACAUUUUGUCGCUGGAUACAUUCAAUGGAAAUCUCACCUUUGGCGAGUUGUUCGCUAAUAUGACGUCACUAGAUCAUCUCAUUUUAAGCGGAGGUGUCAGCACGUUAGUGAACAACUCAUUUCAGAGCCUUCAGAGCCUCGGACUAAAAGCACUUAGCUUGAAUCAUCUCCACAAAUUACAUACUACAGAGCUGGAUGCCUUCCAACAUUUACCUAGUCUCCAGUCACUAACAAUUCUAGAUAAUGACCAAGGUGUAGAAGGCACAUUACGGAGCUUGCAUCCGUUUCGAAAUCGUUCCAUGAAGACCUUGUAUUUUAACAAAAUUCACAUAUCUACGUUUGAAAAAGGACGCGCUAAAUGUUCUGAUAGUGUGGUAGACGCUUUCAAAGUGGAAUUUUUGUCCCAAAUCUGUGUUGAACGUUUUUCUUUAAUGAACAGUGGUGUGACAACUGUGGAGAGUAACGCUCUUCGCGGAUCCCUGUGGCGGAAGUGUGUCAAGUUUUUAGAUUUGACAGGUAAUCCGCUGAUCGGAGAUCGGGUAUCUUUUUUACAAGUCAUGGGGUUGAAGGCAUUACGAGUGUUCAAAAUAUCGGUUACAGAUAGAACAACUCUAAAACGAUCAGACAACAAUUCAAAUAAGAGAUCAAAAGAAUUUCGCGGCAGUUUGAAGGAGGGGUUAAGAUCUUACAAACCAAACUCUGACAAAAGGCUUCCUGUUAGGGCUGUUCAUGAUCCAACAACACCAAUGUCGCUUCCUUCGAGAUUUGUUCCAACCGAUGAAAUGGAGGGCACAGUUGUGCGUUUACGAAUUCCAAAGACACUUAUCAUUUUUCAGGUGGAGAAUGUUUUCCAUGAUGGCUCUUCGGAUACUAUUUUUAAAAGAAUAAUUUUCUAUGGAGGGGAAAAUCUACGAGAGAUGUACUUUUCAGGCAACGACUUUUUUGACUUUUCUGGGUUCAUAAAGGGCUUGAGAAAUGUACACGUUUUUGAUAUUUCUUUUAACGAUUGUUCCAAAAUGUCUCGAACAAUUUUUCAGCCUUUUCCGAAAAUGAAAUACCUCAAAAUGAAAGGAUCUAAGUUAGAUAGCAUGUUUAUGUCCAGGCACAGCGAACAGUUGUUCCAACCUCUGACAUAUCUGAAGUAUUUGGACUUGUCAGACAACCAGCUAAAUCAUCUAGCCGGAGGAACUUUCCGGGACAACUCUCAGCUCCAAACAAUUAACUUAGCAAACAAUCGGUUCACUGCAAUCCCACUGGAUCUGACUGUUCUGCCUAAUCUAACUGACUUAGACCUCAGCGGGAACUCUAUUUCCCAACUUGACCAGAAGGACAUGCAGUCAGUCGAACAACACGCUAGCAUGUUUAUGGAGUUCUCCCUCCAUCUAUCGGGAAAUAUUCUGGUGUGUACCUGCUCCAGUAUCCAGUUCCUCGCCUGGCUCCAGAACACAAAGGUCAACUUGGAUAGACCCAUGACCUACAGCUGCCUCACGGAGGACGGGACGCUGACCACCACUGCUGACUUUGCUGACAUCAGAGCUCUGUGGCGGAAGUGCCAUGGGAGACCCGCACUAUUGCUUUCUAUUAUUCUUCUGUGUCUCAUGUCUCUUGGAUUCGUCAUCACCAUUUUGUGUUUGAAAUUGAAAACACAACUCAAGUCCUUCAUCUAUAGAAUUUUCGUCCAAAAUUUCGUCCUGCACGGCCCGGCUGACUAUCGGCAUGGCGUUUUCAUUGGCUACGCUGAUGCUGACACAAGGCUGGCCUGCUUCACUCUCAGAGAUUUCAUCCAGUCUCGACUUGGUCUGUCUACCUAUGUCAUGGACAUUAACUUACUCCCAGCCUCCGAUAUGGCCGAAUCUAUUGUGGACGCCGUGAGUUCCAGUUGGAGAGUUGUCUUAAUCGUGACGUCAGAUUUUCUGGACAGAGAGUUAUGGUCGUAUUUCACCAUGACAACAGCUGCCUACACUGUCAUUCCGUCCAAUCCUGGUCUGAUCGUUGUUUUGCUGGAGGAAACCGUACACCAUCGGCUCCCAGCCUCCCUUCUCCGUGUACUUGAGGAAGACAGCAUUCUGUCUAUCCCUCCCUCACGACGUUUGUCACACGAGCAUAUGCACAGACUACGAGACCUACUUCAGCCUGCAUAAACAUAAUUAUUGUGUCCUGAAAAUGGGAAAAUAAUUAUUCAACAUAUAUGUCCUAAAAAUGAGAGCAUAUUCAACAUAACCAAAAAAAACUUAUGUCCUGAAAAUGGGAACAUAUUCAUAAUAAUCAUGUCCUGAAAAGGAGAACAAAAAUUAUUCAAAAUAACCAGAAUAAUUAUGUUCUGAAAAUGAGAACAUAUUCAAAAUCUACGUGGGCGAAGCUUGAAGAAAAAUGACUCUUUUCAAAAACGGUCGUAUCUGUUCGAUGUCUUUGAGAGUUUUCACAGUUCUACAGUUUGUAUUAGCGACGUUACCCGCGAGGGUUUAGAACAUGAUUUUUAGGUAGGCCUGACGUUGUCCAAAACACUUUCGCCUAUCUCAAGCAACAUUUGGGAAGAAACAUUUUAUCUGCACCCGUUUGCAACAAACACAAUCACUUACACACACACACACACACACACACAC